AUGGUCGAUCCGGAGUCGCAUAGGCUGGUUCAUGAGGCAUUGGUGCUGCUGCGAUCUCUGGAGCCACCAGAAGCGAAGGCGAACCUGUCGUCAGACAAGGGUAAGGAGAAGGACGGCGGGUUGUUAUCGCGAUGGUCACGACGAGCAAAGAGCGCCUUGGACGCGCUACGGAUCCUCAAAGUCAAGAGUCUCGAAACGACCGAACAGAAAAUCCAAAACGACCCCCUCGUCCAAGCAACCCUCAAACUCGAAACCGCAGCCGCAAAGUCAAACCCUGACGCCCUCUGGCUCCUCGCCGACCUGAACUUCCACGGCAACUUCUCCCACCCCCUAAACUACGCACAAGCAUCCCACUACUACUCCCUCCUCGCCUCCGCCACCGGAAACGCCUCCGCCCAGUUCUUGCUCGGAUUCCUCCACGCUACAGCUUUGGGGUCCGGAUCCUCUCCCGAUCAUGCGAAGGCAUUGACGUAUUACACCUUCGCCGCUCAAGCAAAUGAAACUCGCGCUCAACGCGCCCUGGCAUAUCGGUACCACAUGGGCCUCGGAACACCGAAGAAUUGUGAAGAGGCUAUGGAGUGGUACCGUCGUGUCGCCGUCACCUCGCGUGAGUAUUACCGUGGCGGUCCACCCGGCGGCCGACACGUCAAGAGAGAGUCAUACCGCAUCGCGGACGACGAGGGCGGCGUAUACGGGCAUGGUGCCUCGGCGUCGAGUUCGGGUCCGGGAUAUUUGGGGAGUUAUCGGCGGAAUGUGAUUAAUACGAAUGCGAGGGAUGGGAGUUUUGAGGAUGUUUUUGAGUAUUUGCAGUAUGUCGCCUCGAAGGGAGACGCGUCCGCGCAGAGUAUUUUGGGUGUGUUGUACUACGACGGAUCGAGGACUCAGGAGCGGAACUUUGGGGAGGCGAUGUAUUGGUUCCGAAUGCUCGCCAAACAGGUGUGGCUGAGUGGGAUAGCGCCGGGUCGCGCAAUCCACUCCCCAACAUCAGAUAUCACAUCCCUCGCGGCAAAAGCAGCAGGAUAUAUCGGACGAAUGUAUUUGCGGGGAGAAGGCGUCGAACAAGAUCUCUGGAAAGCGUUUGACUGGUUUAGACGUGGUGUAUCGAUGGGUGAUGCGAUGAGUCAGAAUGGGGUGGGGCAUAUGUUCUUGAAUGGAUUGGCUACUAAGAAAGAUGUCGACAAAGCACGGGAGUAUUUUAAGGCGAGUGCGGAGCAGGGGUUCGCGCCUGCGCAGGUCAAUUUCGCGAAACUGCUCCUAGCGUCUCCGCAGCCGUCUUCACUGUCCGCUGCUUCGCAGUGGUUGGAGCUCGCUGCGUCGGAGGGGCAUGUCGAGGCGUAUUGGUUGUUGGGGGAGAUGUGGGCGAAUGGGGUUGGGAGGAGCCGGAGUUGUGAUAGGGCUGUGGGGUAUUAUAAGGCUGUUGCGGAGAGGGUUGAGGAGGUUGGGCCGUCGGGGUUUGAGGAUGGGAAUAGGGCGUUGCAGAGGGGGGAUUUGGCGGGGGCUAUUGUGUAUUAUAUGAUGGCGGCUGAGCAGGGGUAUGAGGUUGGACAGGCGAAUGCGGCGUUUUUGCUUGAUGGGGACAAAACCAUGCUCGACCCGAAAGCGUUCCUCAAGACUCGUUCGUUGGCGAAGGUGCCGAAACAUCCACGUCUCGAGAAGCUGGCUUUGACUUAUUUCAGUCAAUCGGCGCAUCAGUCGAACGUGGACUCCAUGAUCAAAAUGGGCGACUACUUCCUUCACGGUUUCGGUCUAUCCCACAAUACCACAGACGCCAAGAAAGCAGCACAAUGCUACCACGCAGCCGAACGCUUCCACUCCGCAAUGGCGAUGUGGAAUCUCGGCUGGAUGCACGAAAAUGGAAUCGGGGUGGAGCAGGACUUCCAUUUGGCGAAACGGUAUUACGAUCAGGCGGCGUUGUCGAGUCGCGAGGCGUAUGCGCCUGUGAUGAUGAGUUUGCUCAAGUUGAGAGUGAGGAGUGUGUGGAAUGCCUUGACAGGGGGAACGAUCAAUGGGAUUCAGAAGGGACCUGGUAUGUCUUCGUUUCGGUUGCUUCAUCACAUGGCGUAG